AUGAGCGUAGUCGGAUCAACAAAUGGUAGUGGCUCUCUUUGUUUUCAGCUCCUGCUGUAUUGUUGUUGUGGUUGGAGCUGCAUUUGGUUCAUUGUGACAUUGUCACUCCUUAUUUACAAGGGUACAGUGCUCUACUUUCCACCAGCAGCGCAGCCGAUGGAAAUUGUCUCAUCCUUCCUACUGUUAAUGGUAGAUGUCGCCGCUUUUUUUCUUGGUUCACGAGGGAAUAUCACAGAAGAAACAACCCCGAUGAUUUUCUCUAUUAUUCUUCUUCUUGUUGCAGUGCUGGGGGCCAUGUACUACAUGUGGUUCCAGACAUAUGUUAUGAUGCUCGAUUUGGCUUUCUCUGCCACUCUACUUGCCUUUAACGGACUGGGGCUUCUAGCCGGUUUUUAUGGUUUGCAGGCAAUACUGCUUGCGAAACGAGCUCCGCGACACAAGUUUGCACCACCACCACCAUCAUCACUUCAGCAGCAAGAGCAAGAAAAAAAUAUGCCCACGUUUCUUCGCGAUCAUAUUAUGCAGCUGAAAAACGACUAG